AUGCGACGCCGCCGUCCUCCCGAAGAAAACGAAGAAGAACAGCAAAGAGUGAGACAAGAAAAGCCAGAAAAGCAGAAAAGGCAACGAGACGAGAUCAAUAGUGAUCUCGAGAAGCCUUCCACUUCUACAACUCAACAAUCAACUGUUAGAAAUCACAUUUCUCGUGUGCACCGUCGUUUCGUUCAAGUUCUCAUCUGGGUGCAUUUCGGCUCGUUGAUUGCGUGUGCGGCGGCGGGACUGCAGGGAUCUCGUGAGGGAAGUGAGGGAGGACAUUCAUCAACAGAUCGAAGAGGGAUCCACGGUGGACCGGGUCCUCCCUUGAUAUCUUCAUCAUCAUUUUCAACCUCUCCCUCAUCACUUCCUCCCUCGACAAUGACCUCUCCUCGUCCGCCUCUCCCUUUCGCUCGUCUCAUCCGCACGCGACCACAAACCGACCCACAAACGCCAAAUAUGAGCUAUUUCUGGCAAGAAGACAGAUCACCGCACCAUAUGUGUUCCUUUGAAUAUCCGAAUCGGACAUCAUUUCUGAAUGCGACCUACCUCUUCCAGGAAAAUCAUCCGAUCUCCAUUUGGGAGGUUUUCUCGGGCAGUGCGUCUGCUAGGGGAGAUUUCUCUUGGGAGGAUAAUCGGUUACGAUUAAAAGAAGGCGUUCAAGGAGCUGAUUGUGUUUAUGGUUCUUAUAAUAAUUGUAUGCGGUGCUUUUCGCGGGUUCGUGCCUCUCUCGGUCGUCUUUCAGAUGCCUAUAAUGUUUUUUCUAAAACUUUACACAGAUUUGAUUGUAUGAAAGCAGUGGACACGGCCACUGCCACGCGUCCUUUUUCUCCAAACGGGUCCUGUGAACAUUGCAAGACGUGGUACGGUCGUUGGUUAUUGGUGCAUUUGGUGGAUGUCUGGAUGCGUCCACCUUGUAUCAAUUGGUGUUAUUAUGCGCAACUCGCGUGUCCCCAUCUAGCCACAUCAAAAGUCGUCGACUAUGCCGGUCAUCCUAGCUUUCAGUGCAGAGAUAUGCACAUCCCAGUCGGUGAUACAGUUGAUGCCUACUCUUGCAAUUGUGUUCAUCCGUGUGAUGUCAGAGGAGUCGUCUCAAUAAAAUCAGGCUCUGGAUCGGGGAAUAAACGAAGUGAGAACGAUUUCUUCGCCGCUAACGAACACUGUCGAGCGAGACGGAGAAAUUGCAAGAACACUAAUCACGAUAGAGGGAAACAACAAAAUGGUUCAUCGCGAAGUGGUUCCAUCACUUCCACAUCCAAAUCAAUCGAUCGUUCAACUCGUCUCCUUAUUUUAUCCAUUUUGUUCAUUUCAUUUCACCAAUCCCGUCAAAUCAUAGGAUUCUCA